GGGAGAUGUGCAGCGCAGCUGGACGUUUGUAUCGAUCUUGUAUUUUGUGCUGAUGGUGCGGCGUCCAGGUUAGCCUCAUGAUUAUUCUAGUCGUCGCAAGAGCUGAUUGCAUUGAUCCUGAGAACACAGCAGCAUCCAGCCCACCUUUGCCAAGAUAGAUCACUCGUCACUGCAUUUGUCAACAAUUCGCGGUCAUUUCCAAUGCCACAGCUUUUUGUGCUUGCACCACUUCAACGAAAUUGAGUGUAUGUCUUUGUCCAGAGAAGAACUAAGUAGGACAGUUGGAUGAAUGCCAAGACUGAACAGUACAAUGCCGGUUAAAAAUAAUGAUUGAGUCAGGGACACUCACAGCUACCUCACAUUUCCAAUGAACUGUCAUUAACUUGGCUUGAAGAACUCCUUUUGCCAAACAUGGGAAGCCUAUAUGAAUGUUUGAGAGAAGCCAGACUGGAGAAAUUUUACCCAACUCUGCGAGCAAAUGGAUUUUCAAGUGCUGAAUCCUUGAUAGAAUUAAGUGGGGAAGAUGUCUCUGCCCUGGGUAAUGUUACUGAAGAUGAGCAACGGCGUCUCUUUGAACUGGUUGAUAUUAUCAGAUCUGUGUACGAAGUAGAUGUAGAAGAUCUGCCUGAUAUUUCAGAAGCCACAGCUUACAGCGUCUCCUUGCCAAUUCACAGACACUCGCAAAGCAAAAACAAGCCUGCGAGAAAAAGAAACAGAAGUCCACAGUACACGUCAUCAGCAUCUAACAUUUUGCCAAGACAAUCCUCUGCUGAAUCACAGCGUAGUAGACACAGCGUUCGACGCCAUGUGAGUGCACCAUCAGUUCCUCGACCACGGUUGGCCUUUGAGCGUUUGGAGGCCGCUGCCUACCCCGAUGAUUCAGACAGUUCCAAUGAUGAUGCUAACAGUGAUUCUUCAGGUCCAUCAGAUUACGAACCAGCCACAAAGCAUGUCAACAGAGCUUCAGCCACACCCCCUAGACCUAGGAGAGUCACAACCAUAGAGAGGGUAAAGCACACCACGGGUUAUAACUAUGGCCUACCCAAAAAUAAAGUCAAACAGAAGCCUACAGCAGUACGAGAAGACGCCAGUGACCACAAAAUAUGUGUAUGUGUCAGGAAACGUCCAAGAAAUAAACGUGAAAUACGCUCAGCUGAUGAUGAUGUUGUUGUAGUUGAGAGAUCUGACACAAUAACAAUCAACGAACCCAAAUUAGCUGUCGAUCUCAGACCGUAUACAUUGCAGCACGAGUUUUGCUUUGACGAGGUGUUUCAUGAGGGUUGUGGGAAUGAGGAAGUGUUUGAGCGAGUGGCCAAACCUCUUAUUGACUGUGUAUUUCAGGGGGGCAGUGCUACAUGUUUUGCCUAUGGCCAGACAGGAGCCGGGAAGACCCACACAAUGUUAGGGACCCGGGAACAGCCUGGUCUCUACAUGCUGGCUGCUCAGGAGAUUUUCUCUAUCUCACAGUCAGGGCAAUAUGGCAGUGGUCUUAUGGUCUGGGUCAGCUUCUUUGAGAUUUACUGUGGUCAGCUCUUUGAUCUACUUAACAAGAGAAACAGACUACAUGCUCGAGAGGAUGGAUCACAUAGAGUGUGCAUAGCAGGGCUAACAGAGACACAGGUGACAGAUGUCCCCUCCAUCAUGCAGGUUUUGGAGUAUGGUAACCAGGUGAGAAGUAAGGGUUCCACAGGUGUGAAUCCUGAUUCAUCCCGCUCCCACGCUGUCCUGCAGGUAGAGGUGAGGACCUCAGCAGACAGAAGACUGGGCAGAAUGUCCUUUAUUGACCUGGCUGGGAGUGAGAGAGCUGCGGAUGUGACAGAUACUGACAGACAAACACGACUGGAGGGUGCUGAAAUCAACCAAAGUCUGUUAGCUCUGAAAGAGUGUAUCCGUUCCAUAGAUCAGGAAAACCGCCAUACUCCAUUCAGACAAAGUAAGCUGACCCAUAUCCUGAAGGAUUCCUUCAUCGGAAACUCAAGAACCUGUAUGAUAGCCAACGUCUCCCCCACAUACUCAGCCUGUGAGAACAGCCUUAAUACAUUAAGAUAUGCAGACAGAGUAAAAGAGUUGAGAAAGGCUGCCAAUCAGAACCUUCGUGUCAGCAGAUCAACUGCCCAGCCAGAUCUCAAUGUACCAUUCAUCACUCCUCCCUCCAUAUUUCACCCUUCCAACAUCGCCUGUUCUUCCACUCCACUAAGGCCUAGACCCUCCAGAAAACAAGUUGGCCGUAGGAGCCCACCAGCCACAGUAUUACCUGACCCCUCAGAAACUCCUAUCCGGGGAAACUUCCCUGGCCAGAGGAAAACCAGUCGAGAGUCCGGGAGAGCCAGUUCAUCCUCCUCCACAUUACGUCGUUCAAAAAGCCUGUUCUGUAGGCAAAGUGCCCCUAUGACUCCUGCAGUUCAGCGUGAGAAGAUAGAUGUGCCAACAAGGUCUUCCUCUGAAUCCAACCCGACAUUGUCAGACACGUGCAAUCUGAAUGUCCUUGAUAAUGACUUGUCACGACCACAGGUUAGGAGGCAUGAGCCUUUAGCAGCUUCUAAUGACACGGAACUAGACGUAGCUGCAGAAGAUUUGGAGGAGAUUGGCCAGGAAUUAAAUGAUCUCAACAAAACUGGAGGAAAAUCUGACUCGGUCAUGCCAGGUUUUGCUGGAAUCGUAGAUGUAGAAGUGCCUUCUGAGUCCAGGACAAUAUCGUCAGCAGAAUCUAGAGGUCAGCAGGUUUCUUGCAGUCAGAGAACCUCAAUGAACGUCCCUGAAGUGGCUGGUGCAGAAUUUUCUCAGCCAAGUGCAAUUGCUUUCUCCACUAGCAUUUCAUUAAGGGAUUCUUCUUCAUAUAAACCCAAACCUCUUGUGUUGCGCAGAAAACCAACAGACUUCUGCGAUGAGGAUGAAACAUCUGUUAAAGGUCAAGAUUCUUCACGCAGUGAUACAGAUGAUUUGCUGUUUGGUUCCCCAAAGGAGAAUCAGCUUGGAGGACAAAGCAAACCAAAGGUCACCAGGGAUGGUGAAGAUGAGAACUAUCAAGGCUAUCUGACUCAACAACACCAUCCAUCUGCUGCUGAAGGAGCAUUAGGGAAAGUCCAAGGAGCAUCUACCCCUCGCCGAGCAGAAUUCCUGCCCCAGGCAUCCCCUGCCAAGAGUUCGGACCUGACAAGUUUCUCAAGGUCAGAGAAUGUCAGACUGAGAGCACACCCAGUUUGCCCUGAACUUCAGUAUGCUGAUCCUGAUCCUGUUAGAAUCCUAGCCACGGAUCACUUUGUACUGCAGGAUGAUAUACAGGCUGGACUGUUUGCAGAGGAAAUGUUCCCAAGAGAAAUACUAACAACUCCUGCAGAGAACAAGGAUGUCCCUAGCUACCCGUCUGACAGGAAUGAUUUGUCUCGGAGGGAAAAGACUGACCCACUCUUGGCUAGACACAGAGCUAGACAAAACAUGCCAAAUCCUAGUGAAUUUCUGAAGCACUUAACCAAACAAUCGUUGGCUAAACCGACUGCAGUGCCCUCUCCUGUUGUUGCAAAUAUUCCUUUACCUGUCUUGCCGACUUCAGACGAACCAAAUGCCUUGUCCUCAGUUCUCAUUGGUGUAGCUCAACCUACAAACCGCGUUGACAAUGCUCAUCAACGCAGUUCUUCUCAAAGACAACCAGAUAGUUUAUCAGAUUAUGAAACAGACAUGAAAAGAAUUCCAUCCUUGGGAUCUGUGAGAAGUCUUGGGACACCUUCCCCAAACAGCACAGAGUCCCCAGGCCGUAAACAUAGCGAUGGAAGCGCUCCGGGAUCAUUGUCUCCGGUGGAUCAGAGGAAACGCUCAUCCGAGGCACGCCAGAGGAGGAGAAGCCGCAGCAACAGUCGUGAUCGCGACCAGAGAAAGAAAUCUGCAUCUCCAGCCAGCGAUCCCUCCCCAGCUGCCUUCAAUCUCGCUAUGCCUGCAGACUCUAGUAGUGCUAUCAAACCUGUGCCCUCUAAUGUAGAGUCCUUGGGAUAUGCUCAUAAGGCUGAGAGCUACCCAAGUUCCUCAGCAGGAGAGCUGUUCCAGUCUGUGGGGGUGCCGUACCUCCCAAUUUCUGGGGACUACAUAAUACCCUCCCAGGAGCUGCCUGCCCCAUCACAACCCUCAGUGCUUCAAUCUUUCUCAGGGACAUCUGAUGAUAUUCAGAUUCCUAACAUAAAUGCAGAUCCAGCUUAUAAUGUAUCAGAUAGACUUGACAUAGAUACCCAACUCAGUACAGCAAUAAAACCAACAGAGCCUGUAAAGAACUCUCCGACUGUUGUUGGGGCCAUUACCACUGAGAAACUGUCAACAUUUUCCCCAGCGGCAGGGUUUGCCCCUAUCCACCCACAGCCAGUAACAGAGGACAGGGCAAGACACUCAGCACCGAAGGGUAUCAGUAGAGAUGUUAUACCAGCCAGGGCCCACCCUCUAGCAGUGUCUUCCUCCACCUCGGGAAGCAUCAUGAGGGCAACUUCCAACCUGCAGCGCCUGGCUACCAUCGGAAUACCAGCUGAUCCUUUAGCAGCAAAAGUACAUAUCGUAACGGCACAUGAAGAACAGUUAGCAGCAAUUACCUCCCUUUGUAAGCAGGAGAUGAAGUUGUUGCUGGCAUUCAGGGCCGGGCAUAAGGAUACAGAAGAGUACAUCAAGAGAAUGGGAGAUAUUCUCAGUUUGAAGAUGAAGACAGUAAACCUUCUGCAGGACCAGAUCGGGGAACUGGCUACAACAAGAGGGCGCUCUCAGAACUCAGGGGUUAAUGAAGGACAGUUAUAACAUCAUUGGACUCAGGCUGUUAAGCUGAGAAACUGUGCACAUUUUAACUUUUGCUGUAUUAUUUUUACUUUUUAUUAUUUAUACAAAUUGAUUGUCACAGAAACACUUGUGUUCUGUUUUAUGGGGAUCUGGAGAUGUACCAGUUUGGUUUUACCUGUAUGAUAUAUUUUUAGUUGAAAUCACAAAUGUUUAAGUCAGAAGUUUAGAAUAUUCAUACACAUUUCAUACAUUCACAUUAUGUAAAUUUUAUAAACUUGUAAAAUAAGGAUGCAAGCCAGUGCAAAAUGGAAUGAGAUAUUUUUUUUACAUUUUCAUUUAUAAAUACGUGUCAUUUUCUCAGAAAUAUUUUAGAAUAGUUUCCAUGAAUUUUUAUUUUGUAAUUUCACCCAUGCUGAUGGUAAUACAUAUAUAAUAUAGAGUUUAUUACACUUUUAUGUGUAUCAUUUAUCCGCAUCCUGAAUUCCUCAAUCUCAUCCUCUGUUAUAGUGUCUUGGAUAAAUGAUGUAUUAAUUAAUAUUAAUGUACAACCAAACAUAACAUGUAUUACAGCACAAGUUUCACCUAUAUGAAAGUGACUUAUUUUGUUUAAAGGAUUAGUGUCCAGAUUGAGCGACUGGGCCUAAUUAUAAAGAUUAUAACCUGUUUAAACAGUAUGUUACCAGGACUGCUUCUGAGAAGCCUAAUAAUGACUUCAAUUCCACCCAAAACAAUAGAUUUACUGCCCUAGCCUUUCUCAGCCAUCCGCCUGGUACGGCUCAGCGGGUGACAUCAUAGAUGGCCAACCCAAAUCUAAGAGGCCUAAAUAACCUGGGAAUUCGUGUCAGAGCGAUGUAAUUUUCCAGAUGCAUUUUAGUUACACAGAAGAAAAUAUCCUGCCACAUCAAUUUGAACCCAUAUUGGACGAUGUUAAAGUUCCGAUUUAUGACACUGACAUCUCUGGCCAGAUUUCAGAUUCCAAGUUUUCAUACCUUGAAUUUGAUAUCAGUUUGUCCAGGCAUUUAGGACCAUCCUGACAACAUGGACUGGUAAGCUAUACCUUUACCCUGUGUUGCAUUGUGUAUUUCGCAUGUUUACCUUAAGAUUUAAUUUUUAUUUACUAUUCUCUCCCUCCCUCUGCAUGACAACAAAUUCCAUUCCAUUUCCCAAAGAUGAAAAAAUCCAACUCAUGGGUUCUUUGACAACCUGUUUUUACAACCAUAUGCAGAACAGCAAACCAUUUUGUGGAGAAAUUUGAUGGGUUUGUUGUCACCCUUGUAGCUUUUUUAGCACUGAACGUAAUGGCGAAGCUGUGACAGCUCGUAAAGGCUGGACUUGUAUGACAUAAUUCGGCAGAGACUAAUGAGUGUUGGCAGAAAAAAUGCAUAAAAGUUGCCUCAUUAUCUAGUGAUUUUAAGAGCCGUAUUACUCAGAUUAAUGUACCCUAUUUCAAUAUUUGUUUAUGCUAAAUUUCACAAUAUAUGCAGGGAUAUCCAUUUAUGAAUAAAUAGUAAAUCUGGGCACUAAUCCUUUAACUCUUCAAGACUGACUCCUGUUGAUACAUGUAUGUUGUAUACAAUACAUAUAUCUUUUCUGAUGUCAAGCAGUACAAGCAGUAUUUCAGUUUGUUGUAUGAAUCACAACGUAAGAUUUAUAUACUGAUUUAGACUCAUAGCCGUAUAUGGCUUCAGCCAUAAUA